ACGAUAAUGAAGUUAAACAUUUGAUUACCACUAUAUCAUUUAUAUAAAUAAGUUUUAACAUAACACUUUAAAUCAUUAAAUUUAAUUUGUUAUAAAGCAAUCAGUAUUAUUUUCAACAGUUUUCAAACAUGAAAGUCUUCCUCUUUUUUGUGCUGACAUUUGUAAUAGCUCAAGCAAUCGUUUGCCCGAAAGAUGCGUGCAAAUAUGUAAAAUGCAAAGAUACCGACGGAUGCAGAGAAGGAAAUGGCAUUAUCAAAGAAAAAGGGGGAGUUUGCGGAUGUUGUGAUAUCUGUGUAACUAUACUAAACGAAGGUGAUUUAUGUGAGCCUGUAGAAUUUGGAUUAGUUCCUCCCGAAGCAAUAUGUUCCGAAGGUCUGCAAUGUGAUCAUCAUACUUUUACAUGUAAAAAAAUUUCUGAAAUUUCUGAUUAUUAAGUUAUAAGAAUAAAAGCUUUGCUGUAUAAUUAAUACAGGAUUAAAAUGAAAGUUAUCAAAUGUAAAAAGGUUAUGAAUUAAUAAGUU